GUUAUCGGGUCAACGUCACAGUCCGCAGGUCACUCACGAAGGCAGAGGACGGGACCGCUAGUCAGCCAGCCGAAGCGUUGCCAUGGAAACGGAGAUCCAGAACGAGCUCACAUCCAGCUGUCCAUACCAGAACAGCAGCAGCUCCCCCAGCCCAGAAGUGUUGCCUCCACACAACCGCAAUGACAGCCCGACCCACCACACCCACUACCCCAGCAAUGUUAUCCCCCGUCCCGGCACUGUUAUCCCCAAUCGGAUUUUUGUUGGGGGAAUUGACUACAAGGUUAAUGAGAGCGACCUGCGACACGUCUUCUCUCAACAUGGUGCCGUUAAAGAGGUGAAGAUUGUGAUAGAUCGCUCAGGAAUGUCAAAGGGAUAUGGCUUUGUUACAUUUGAAACCCAAGAUGAUGCACUGAAAAUCCUUCAUAAUGCUAACGGAAUCUGUUUUAAAGACAAGAAGCUCAGCAUCGGUCAGGCUGUCCGCAGGCAGCAAGCUUCAGGACAAACUAAGAGUGCCCUUGUGACCAUCCCUGACUCUGCCAUGCCUCGGCCGAUGUCCUGUGGCACCACCUCCGCCGGCUUUCCUUACAUCUACCAUAACGGAGUGGCCUACUUCCACUGCCACAACACCAUCCCUCCUGCCCAACACUGGCCUCCUGCCCCUCCAGUGAUGCUUCCUCAGUCCCAUCAGCCUGUCUACCAGCCACCCGCCUAUCACCACCAUCAGUGUGCCCCAAACCAGUAUCAGUGGAAUGUCGUCCAGUCUCAGAUGCCCCCCAGUCCAGUCGUGUACUCCCAGCAGUCAGAAUAUCUGUACCAGCCCGCUGAUGGAGGCCCUGUCCCGCCUCCUCUGCCUGUCAUGGAGGACACCACACCAGAGUUUGUAGAGCCCACAGUGAUGCAGGUUUACCCAUUGUAUCCUCCGAGAACUGACGGAAUGACACCCUUUGUUCUGCAACACGACCCUAGAAAGAAUCCGAUGUUUCCACAUGCGCAGCUCCAUCUGAAGCCAAAGUACCACCAAUUCAUCCACCACAAGGACUACCACUACCUGCCCGAAGCAGCAGAGCCACCCGACGCCUCCAUCCUUCACACUCACCAACCUCUAAUGUAGGCUAAACCCACCGACUGCCUGUCAAGGGAUAAUCCCUCACACAGCACCACGACCUCCUGUGUCAAUUUAGUCUCUCUUCCUUCUCCAAUAUAUUAUAUAUUGAUAUGAUCCAUCAACUGUUAGGCCUGUGCCUUACAACAUAAUGCGGUAUGUUUCAUGACAUGUGAUUUCAUAGCCUCUCAGCUGAUAUUUUGUCAGCUGCUCUUGUUCCCAUCAACUCCAGUGAAGCUCUCACCUUGUAGACUCACAGAACUCAGAUCUGUUCCUGUGUUGAUGCUAUAAUACAGUUGGAUUAUUGAGGUUUACACGACCUUACAGUGGCUCACAUUGCAUACUGUACAUAACAGUAUUUAUAGUAAUUUCUCCUCAAUUAACUCAAACUCAGCAAUUAUACAUGAGAUUUUCAGUAUAUCAUUUACUGUAGUGGUUUUGAUAAGAA